AUGACCCCCACUGUGUCUUUUUACUUUUCCAUCGCAGUUCUGUGUGUAGUGCUGUCAUGCCUGACGGUACGCCCCCACCAUGUCUGUCGAUGUAGGCCCGGGGAUCAAUGUUGGCCUUCCGCAAUGGAUUGGAUGACUCUUAACAACUCGGUGGAUGGAAACCUGAUUGCUGUGAGGCCCAUCGCACAUGUCUGUCAUCAUCCCACGUUUGAUGAGAACGCCUGUGGCAACUUGACGCGUCUAGCCAGGAAUAGCGGCUGGAGAGCUGGACAGCCCGGGGCUCUUCAAGACUGGCUAUGGGAGGUUGGCUCAACCGAGAGAGAAACAUGCGAUACUCAGGGUCGUCCAGAUGAACCUUGUCAUCAAGGUCGCGUGUCCCUGUAUUCUGUCACAGCGCGCUCUGCACUACAUGUCCAACGGGCUGUCGCAUUUGCGAAACAUCAUGAUCUACGCCUGGUCAUUCGAAACACUGGCCAUGAUGGAUCGGGUCGAUCAAGUGCCCCAGACUCGCUACAGAUAUUCACUCACUACCUAGACGCCAUUCAAUAUGACGAAGACUUCCGGCCGGUCGAUUCUCCAAGAGCCAUUGGUCCUGCCGUCUCGGUUGGUGCUGGAGUGAGGCUGGGAGAUAUGUAUACUCGGGCCUCGCGGGAGGGAUAUACAAUUGUCGGGGGGUUAUGUCCAACCGUCGGUAUAGCUGGAGGAUUUGUUCAAGGAGGAGGAGUUUCAGCAAUUUUCAGUCAUACCCGGGGGUUAGCGGUUGAUAACACCCUUGAGUUUGAGGUCGUCACUGCGGAUGCGAAACAAAUCAUAGUGAACGAGCACCGCCACCAAGACCUUUUCUGGGCCCUGAAAGGAGGAGGCGGAGGUACAUUCGCUGUCGUUACACGGUUGACUGUACGAAAGUAUCCCGAUGGCCCGGCCGUAUUUCCCCAAGUGACAGCCUCCUCCCGGGCUUUAAACGGACUGCUACCAGCACACGUGAUGGUCGCUCUUCUAAGAGCGCUGCGCUCAUACAAUGAAGCAGGUAUCGCCGGGGAAGUGUUAGUUCACUCCCACCCGACUACGGCAGUAUUAAAACUGUACGUCCUGGACACGACCGAUGCCGUGGAAAUCAAUGGCAGGCUAGACCCUCUGGUAAUGGAUCUUCAAGCUGAGGACGUGGUCGUCGAUCGAUCAUGGCAGGUCUAUGAAAAUGUCAGUUCAGCGCCCCGAAUGUCUUCGGACAUUUAUUCCCCGGAAUAUGGGAUUAUCCAAGGGUCCGUUCUGUUGUCUGAGGAUUUCUUCAAAUCCCCGGCCUGGGAUGACCGGCUGGCCGACAGCCUAGCCAGCAUACACUUACAGCCUGACGACAUGAUUUUUAUCAAUACUCUCGGGGGGCAGGUGAAUGCUCACGGGCCCCUUGUAGACACAUCUGUCCAUCCUUCCUGGCGAAACUCGGCUCAGUUGGUCAACAUUCUUCGACAUGUAGAGCCCACGUUGGAGUCGAGGACUUUCGUGACGCAGAUCCUCACUCGGGUUCAAAUGCCCAUUCUUUACUCCCUGGAUCGAAGCGACCCGGUGUCCUAUCUCAAUAUGGGAGAUCCGUAUGAGCCCAGAGCUCCAACGGUUUACUGGGGCCAGAACUACAGACGCCUAUCCAAGAUAAAGCGGAAAUGGGACGAAUCAAGUCUAUUCAUCACGCGAUUAGGAGUUGGAUCCGAAAUGUGGGACGAAGAUGGGAUGUGUCGUAGAGAGUUUGGGUUGAUGCACCGCUUAUAUAGAUUCUUCUUGUCUGGCUGA